UUGGAGCAAAAUAUCCGCUUAUUUCUAGGAGUUGAGACUGUGGUGUAUUUCUAAGUGCAGCGCGUGAACCGAACGUUCCGCGCGUCUUGUUAUUUUGUAACAUUUUAAACUUCGCUGGAUACAUUGUUGCCGCAACGGUUGUUUCCAGCUCAGUGGAAACAUUGUAUCCGAUGGCAGCGGGGGGAUAAAAGAGGGUAGAAUGAAGAUCUUUUGCUCACGCAUGGCUUGAAUUAGUGGUUGCGGCUCAGUCGAGUCCAUCUAACUGUAAUUUGUGCUGUUGGCCUGUUAGCUUUAGCAGAGUUAGCCGUAGCACAAUAUGAAAGCUCCUUGUAUCCAGCAGCAGACAGGCUGAAAGUUUCCUGGGACUCUCUUUCUGGUGAACUGGAUCAAUGAUGGAAUUGCAAACAUUACAGGAGGCCCUGAAAGUGGAAAUACAAGUCCAUCAGAAACUUGUUGCCCAAAUGAAGCAGGAUCCACAGAACGCCGAUCUGAAGAAACAACUUCACGAGCUCCAGGCGAAAAUCACAGCUCUGAGUGAGAAACAGAAAAAAGUGGUGGAGCAGUUGAGGAAGGAGUUGCUGGUGAAACAGGAGCCUGACUUGAAGCUGCAGAUGCUCCCAGCGACUACAGACGGUAAAACGGUGCUUCUGACGCCCGCCUGUCCUGCUUCACAGCUAACCACAGGGCCUCCACACAACCAGGGGGCGCCACAGAAGACUCUCACCGUGACGCCGGUCAUAACUGCAAAGACUCUACCUCUCGUGCUGAAAGCUGCCACCUCCACCAUGCCUGCUUCCAUGGCAACACAACGCCCUACAGUCGCCAUGGUCACUGCCAUCAGCAACCCCCCGAGACCCGGCGCCAAUUCCGACUCCCAUAGCACACCAAUCAACCUUCAGGUGGCCAGCAAGCUACCCAAUCAGGAUACAGAUGCGGGCCCACGGAUCGUGUCCAAGAAUGUUAUUGUCGUGCAGGCCACCACCACCUCUGCCCAGCAUAUCAAAGUUCCCCAGUUUGUCCCUCCUCCUAGAUUGACGCCUCGACCCACCUAUCAGCCACAGGUUCGACCAAAACCCCCCACACCCAUCAACGUGCCCAUCGCUCCAGCUCCUCCUCCCAUGGUGGCGGCUCCUCUAAUCCAGCGGCCCCUGAUGCUCACCACCAAACUGACGUCAUCUCUUCCUGCCUCUGCCGGGCCCAUUCAUCAGGUGCACAUCGUGAACGGACAACAGUGUGCCACCAUUGACAAGACUACGACUGCAGUCACCAGUGGCACCACGCAAGUCACAGGCAUUGUCAUCAGUCCUGCUCAGACACUUCAGAUCAGCAACCUUAACUCAGACUUGAAGACUGUGAAACCACUGGGGGGACCAGUACAUGUGGUCUCAAGUACACCACCAUCAUCCUCUCCUCCUCCAGCUAAAAUCAAACGUGAGGAGAGCCCACAGAAGCUUGCCUUUAUGGUGUCUCUUGGGUUGGUGACAUAUGACCAUCUUGAAGAGAUUCAGAGCAGAAGACAAGAACGUAAGAGGAGAACAACAGCCAACCCAGUGUACAGUGGAGCAGUGUUUGAACCUGAGAGGAAAAAGAGUGCUGUCACUUACUUGAACACUCCACUGCAUCAAGGCACACGGAAGAGAGGUCGCCCUCCCAAAUACAGCACCACCACAACCACCACCAGCAGCACAGCAGUGCCGGAGCUGGGCUGCAACCCCCUGCUCUCCCCCACCAGCAGCCUUCCCGUCUCCCCAGCCCCUGGGCGGCCUGAAAUGGGGGGUUUUCCCCUCUCUCACCACCCUCAUUCUGUCCCCCAGCCCAGCCCCAGCUCCGGGGAUGGAGACAUCCAUGAGGAUUUCUGCACUGUGUGCAGACGCAGUGGACAGUUGCUCAUGUGUGACACAUGUUCGCGCGUCUACCAUCUCGACUGCUUGGACCCACCCCUCAAAAACAUUCCCAAAGGCAUGUGGAUCUGUCCUAAAUGUCAAGACCAGAUUCUGAAGAAGGAAGAGGCCAUUCCAUGGCCAGGAACCCUAGCAAUCGUCCAUUCCUACAUUGCUUACAAAGAAGCAAAAGAAGAAGAGAAGCAGAAGUUAAUGAAAUGGAGUUCUGAAUUAAAGGUGGAACGAGAGCAACUAGAACAGAGAGUGAAACAGCUCAGCAAUUCUAUAACAAAAUGCAUGGAGACCAAGAACAGCAUACUUGCCCGUCAGAAGGAGAUGCAGGCCUCUCUGGACAAGGUAAAACACCUGGUCCACCUCAUCCAGAGCUUUAACUUGACUCAGCCCAUGGAGACAGACAUCCUACAGGAUUCUAAACAGGACUGCACAGAGUUAGGGAGCAUCAAAGACUCAAAGGAGGCUACACAAGUGUGUGUGCAGGAGAGUCCCACCGAGCCUAGUGUGCAAGUACCAGUCACCGUAGCAGUUCCCGAAGUGAAGGCAGAGCCAGAGGUGGGCGAAAUGGCAGAGCCAGCGGCCGCAGUCACACCUGAGGCUGCUUCAGGGGAAUCAGGUGUAAGUGUCCCGGAAGUUCCCAAAACCACAGUUGGCGAGGAGAUGAUAGAUACAGCAAAAAUGGCGGAGCCUGUGGAAUCUCCUCAGGCCAGGGAUGUAAAGACUAAUGGAGGAACUGACUGUGUUUCUACCAUCUUGAACCAAGAAGAAGAGAAGUGUGCUGUCGAUGAUGCAGACUCUGAGAACAUCCCUCCCAAUGACAGCAGUUGUGUAGAGGAUGCUGGAAAGAUGGAAGUAGAGCUACAGGAAGAUGGAAGUCAUGGCGUGAACACCAACAACGGCAAAACCUCAGAACCUUCUCAGCAGGCUUUGCCAGCUCCUCUAAGCAGCAUGGAUAACCCCAAAUAGUUCUCAGUCUCACACUAAACACACUUACAUCACCAAAACAUUUAAACAGAUUUCCUAUUGCACCUUGGACUGGUGCACAAAGUUGCCAAUCUAUAUAUAUAUAUAUAUAUAUA